AUGGGAAUCCGAGGGUUGGUUUUACAACUCAUAGUUUUCGGGGUUGUGUUAGCAGCUGCAUCAGGAGAAGCCUAUCCUAUAGCCAAACCUGACUGCCAAGAUAAAUGCGGCGAUGUCACAUUACCAUAUCCAUUCGGCACAACAGAAGAAUGUUACUACGACCCAGAAUUCCUCAUAACUUGCAACGACACUUUUGAUCCUCCAAAAGCAUUUCUGACGGCAAGUGCUAUAAAUGUUACCAGCAUAACUCUUGGAGGGAAACUGCAUAUCUUGCAAUAUAUAGCUAGAGAUUGUUAUGCGGAAUCUGGUUCACCGAUUGCCGAUAAUAAACCCUGGCUCCGUCUGUCCAAAUUCGUUAUCUCUGAUACCGAUAACAAGUUUACCGCUGUUGGUUGCGAUACAGAAGCAUUCGUUAACGGUUCACAAGGAGAAAAAGAUUUCAAGGUCGGUUGCCUAUCGGUCUGUGAUAGUAUUGACUAUGUAUCUAAUGGUUCUUGCUCUGGCGUUGGAUGUUGCCAAACAUCAAUUCCUAAAGGACUUGAUUAUGUUGAAUUAACUGUGAGUAGUUACGAUAAUCAUACCAGAGUGUGGGACUUUAAUCCUUGCAGCUAUGCCUUCAUUGUUGAAGCCAAUCAGUUCAAUUUUUCAUCAACUUAUCUUCAAGAUCUAAGAAAUGUGAACUCACUUCCUGUGGUUCUUGAUUGGGCAAUUGGAAAUGAAACCUGUGAACAAGUUAAAAACAACAUGACGCCUUAUGCAUGUCAGGGGAACAGCACUUGUAUUGAUGCUGAAAAUGGAUCUGGGUACCAUUGCAAGUGCUUGGAGGGUUACGAAGGAAACCCAUACCUCCCUAAUGGUUGCCGAGAUAUAGAUGAAUGCCAGGGCUCUAGUCUCCAUGACUGCGAAAGAAGCUGUAUAAACAUAGAAGGCUAUUUCACAUGUUUGUGCCCGAAGGGGCACCAUGGGGAUGGAAGAAAAGAUGGAGAGGGUUGCAUUCCUAAUCGGUCACUGGUAAUUCAGGUCACUGUUGGGAUUAGCGUAGGCCUUACAGGAUUGCUAAUGGGUGGGACUUGGUUGUACUGGGGAUUCAAUAAAUGGAAGCUCAUCAAACUCAAAGAGAAGUUCUUCCGCCAAAAUGGAGGUUUUAUGUUACAACAGCAAUUAUCAGGGCGGGAAGGGUCGACCACAGAAACGGCAAAAAUCUUUACAGCUGAGGAACUUGAGAAGGCCACUGACAACUAUGAUGAAAGCAGAAUUAUUGGCCGUGGGGGAUAUGGUACAGUUUAUAAAGGAACUCUAUCAAAUGGGAAAAUUGUUGCCAUCAAAAAGUCUAAAUUGGUGGAUCAAAGUCAAAUUGAGCAAUUUAUUAAUGAGGUGAUUGUGCUCUCCCAAAUCAACCACAGGAAUGUGGUAAAGCUUUUAGGUUGUUGCUUGGAGACAGAGGUUCCAUUGCUUGUUUAUGAAUUUGUUAACAAUGGAACCCUCUUUGAACACAUCCAUACCAAAAGUAAAGUUUCACCACUUCCAUGGGAAACCCGUUUGAGGAUAGCUGCAGAAACUGCUGGAGUGCUGUCGUAUUUGCACUCUUCAGCUUCUAUACCUAUCAUCCAUAGAGAUAUCAAGUCCACAAAUAUUCUAUUAGACGAUCAUUAUACUGCCAAAGUGGCCGAUUUUGGUGCUUCGAGGUUGGUUCCUUUGGAUCAAGAAGGAUUAUCUACAAUAGUCCAAGGUACUCUUGGAUAUUUAGAUCCUGAAUACUUGCACACAAGCCAACUGACCGAGAAAAGCGAUGUAUAUAGCUUUGGAGUUGUCCUUAUUGAACUACUUACUGGCAAGAAGGCACUUUCCUUUGACAGGCCUGAGAAUGAAAGGAAUCUUGCUAUGCAUUUCGUUUCUGCUCUGAAAGAAGAACGCUUGGCAGAAGUUCUUGAUGAAUGUGUCUUAAACAAGGCAAAUCCACAGCAACUUAACGAAGCUGGUAGCCUUGCAACACGGUGUGUGAGAGUUAAAGGGGAGGAAAGACCCACAAUGAAGGAAGUAGCUAUGGAACUAGAGGGACUGAGAAUAAUGGUCCAGCAUCCAUGGGUAAAUGAUGAGUUGAAUCUGGAGGAGACAGAGUACUUGCUUGGUGAAUCACUUGACGCCGUUGAUUAUAGGGGAAGUACAAAUAUGAAUGCCGGAUAUGAUAGCAUGAGGAACCAAGAAAUUGUGCCCGUACAUGACGGUAGAUGA